AUGGCUGGGGAAGCACGGCGCGACGGCGCAACGCAACCGGCGCAUCCGGCGUGCGUUUUUCAGGCGUUCAAGCGGAGGGAUGGUCCGCUGCAAGAACACAUGUCCAUGCUGAAUGCCCAACGCGAACAGACACUGCGAGCCGAGGGAGCCCGCCGGGAGCUGCUGAGGAGGUGGCGGGUGGAGGCCGAGGAGGAUGCUCAACGGUUUCACGAGGAGGAAGCUGCCAAGAAGCAGCGCACCUUCGAGACGCGACGUCAGUUUGAUGAGGAGCGUCGAGAACAAAUGGCAAUUGCGAAGCAACGUCAGGAGGAAAGACAGAAGGCAGAGUUUGAGGAAGGUGUGCUUUUCAGGCUUCCGCACGUGGGGGACGCGAAAGUCACCGCUACUGCCUGCGACGCCAUGAUGGAGUCGACGCCGUGCCAGGGGCGUGUGACGAUUUCGGGAGACGUCUACCAGAUCAACGGCAAGGAGGUGGUGUUGAUGGGUGGCAACUAUGUGGUGAAGGCUCAACCCUACUAUCCGCCACUGGAGGUGGUCCGCAGCAACGCCCAGAGUAUGUUCCAAGGCGCCCAGAACAUGGCUUACGUGCCGCCGCCCGCCUCCAACGGCGCCGCCCGGCCGGUGGUGCCAUGCGUGCGGUUGGGGGCCAUGAUGGAAGCGGCGCUGAAGGAGAAGGGAACCACGGCGGAUGAAAGCUUCAAGAGCACCUUGGAAGGAGUGGUGAAGACUUUUCAGGAAGAAGGAGUCUAUGUCUUUCUGGAUAUGCACCAAGAUGCAUGCUCAACUACCAAUGGAGGGGAAGGUUUUCCCUGGUGGGCGACGGUGGAUUUUCAACAACGAGCAGGUUGCAAAUUGGAGCAAUGCUGCUGUUGCUGUUGCUUCUCACGCUGGUGCUGUGAGUGUUGGCCAGAUUCCUGUCGCACUCCAUACAUCACCACGCCAGUGUAUCCACUCCAGCCCUUCUUUUGCUUGUGCAACUGUGCGGCCAGGCUGUGCAAUCUUGACAUCGUGACAUAUGAUCAGGACCCCGUUCCCUGGGAACCUUACUCCGUGGGUUCCGAAGGUAAUCCUGCAUGGAUGAACGUUGGCAACGCCAGUAUGCGAAGAAACAAUGCCGACUCACAAUGGAGUCGAUUGUUGACCACUGCACAGGUUCAGAACACAGCCCGACGGAUCUACGCGUCAAAACACAAUGAUGCAGAUCGAGCCAUCUUCUUCGACCCUUUUGUCUCGUUGGUCAAGUACCUGUGCAGUGUCUGGGAAAAAUAUGACAAUGUCAUAGCAGUGGAGCUGAUGAAUGAGCCGCCCAUUGCUGGCUUGCCAGAUAUUUGCUACGUCUUGACGGUUUGGUCAAAGAUCCUUGCCUUCCAAGCCGAUGUCAUGGCAGAGCUGGAGAAAGAUGCCACAGUUCCCAAGUCCCCCAUUGCCAUCGCCAACUUUACCAGCACCGUGGAGGGCGAGUCGUGGUUCAUCAAACUGCUGACCUGUUGUCCGUGCUCGGGCACCCCACGUGAAGCAAAGAAGAUCUUUGACUCCUUCGCCCAGCAGAAUCGCUUGAUCUUGUCCUUCCACUUCUACUCACCUCCCGCCACUGGAAGUUUCGAGGAAGUGAUCCAGUUGGCCAAGAAAAAUGCCAUCAAGUUGGGCGGAAUUCCCAUCUUUCUCAGUGAGUAUUUUGAGAACGGCGCUCAACUCAUGGCUGACAAGUUGGCCGUGGCCGUGAAUCAGGGCGCCAAUGCGGUCACCUAUUGGCAAUAUGUUGACAGAGACUAUACACAACAAGACGGUUGGUACAUCUACACUGAAGAAGUCCAAGCUCUCGGAGGGGUGGUGAGUAACGCAGGGAUCAUCAACACACCUGGCUGGGACGUCUACAAGACGACUGUGGCAGAUGGGACCUUCUGGGGCGCUUACAUCACAGGUGCGGGCGGCGGUCGCCAGAACGUCCUGGAGCUGGUGCCGGCCACCAACGUCAGCGCCAGUUUGCCGGUGCCGUGGCCCAAGAACUACACAUCGCUGCACCAUGGCCUGAAGUGCGACCCCGAGAGCAGUGACUGCGCGAAGGACGCCAAGGAGGCCAAGGACCUCUGA